ACUUGUCAUCGCAUCACUUGUGAGUAUAUAUGUGUCUUUUUAUAUAUUUUUGAGGAUAUAUUUUUUACAUACUUCCCCACCGUGAAUUCUUGCAUUUCAUUAUUCUUACAUUCGAUACAUGCGAUAGGUUUGCAAAUAUGAAUUGUAUAAAAACCGUGUCGGUGUGAAGAUACCUUUACAAGCGAUACCUCCACCUUUUCGACGAUUUCUUAUAAUACUUUCACCAUCGAGCUAUUCCCGCAGUAAACGCUAAUCCACGUGUAUGAAUAUAUCGAUGAAACAAUCCGAACUCCGCAGCUUCGUAAUGAAACGCAUAAUAAUAGCCGCUGCUUUGAUUAACAUUUGUUUGGCGGACGUAUCGCAUAUUUUACCAGGAUAUACGACAACCACCACACCACCGCCACCUCCGAAACCUUACAAUUUUGAAUAUAAAGCGGGACGAUACCCAGGACACAUCGACCGUAUCCAUCAAGAAGCCGGAGAUGGAACUGGAAUUAUUCACGGAUCGUAUUCUUAUAUCGACCCGAAGUAUAAAGUGCGCACGGUAGAAUACACGGCUGACAAAGCCGGAUUUCAUCCUGCCUUGAUUAAUUUCGAGGACACUCUCGCCCAGCCUGUCGACUCAGAAGCUGUAAGACUGGCCAAGGAUAAACACUUACGUCUCUACCAGAGGAUCGCCGAUGCGAAUGCUCAUAAUAUUCCAGCGAAUCUGCCACAGGAUUCAGCGAGCGUGGCAAACGCGAAGGACAGACAUUAUCAACUGUACCACAAAAUUGCGGAACAACAUGCAGCGAUUGCCGUACAGAGAGAAGCAGAACGAUUGGCUUACGAGGCAACUUCCGUCGCCAACGACGUAGAUGAUCAUCGAACGUGUUAAUAAUUUAUUUUGACGUAAUAUAUGACUCUGAGAAGAAAUUGCCCGAGCGAUCUCAUGAAUAUUUUUUGUCGCGGUUCACUUGUCAAGUUCAUACGAGCGAUUAAAACGAGUAUGCGCGAUUAUACACAAGAGUUUUAUGCGUCGCUCCGCACAGCGGAACGAUGCUAAUUGUACCUUAUUAUUUUCUAUAAUUAGUCCUGAUGUAUACAUAUAAAUAUAAUAAGAUAGUCAGAGAAAUUAAAGUCAAAUAAACUACGAUAUUGAUAAAGAUACCAAUAAAAAUACCGACUAACAAUAUUUUAUCUAAAAAGACUACAGAUGAUGAAGUAAUGAAAUAAUGCUUGAGAUAAGAUCUCAAUUAUGCAAAUCAGAAUGUCUUGUAUUAAUCGUCUGACUUAUAAUAAAUCGAACCUGUAUUACGUUCAUCUAA